CCUCCACCAGACACACAUCUCUCCUGCUGGAAUUUCCAAUACUGGAAGUGAAGCUGUAAAGAACGUGUUGCUACACCUUCCAGACAUGGCUGCUGUGACACGCAAAGUUAUGGUGCUGGCUCUCCUGGGUGUGACCAGCGCCGCCUACCUCAACGACCUCCAGGGUCCUGCUGCCAACCAGUUCUCUCUUCCUAACGGUAACGGUGGAGGUAACAGAGGUUACGGUGGUGGUAACAGUGGAGGUAACGGGGGUUAUAGUGGUGGAAACGGUGGGGGUAACGGAGGCAACGGUGGGGGAAGUGGAGGCUACGGCGGUAGCAACGGUGGAGGCAACGGUGGCAACGGAGGAGGAUAUGGUGGUAGUAACGGCAGAGGUAACGGAGGAAUCGGAGGCAACGGUGGAGGUAACGGAGGAUACAACGGAGGUAGCGGUGAUCCUAUUGCUGACCUCGCUGACGCCAUCCCUGGCGGUGGCGUCCCCGGCCAGGACUACCCAAUCCUUGCCUUUGUCCCCAACACCGGCUUCUCCUGUGACGGUCAACUUCCCGGCUACUACGCCGACACUGCUCCCGAGGCCGGCUGCCAGGUGUUCCACAUCUGUCAACAAGGUGGCAGGAUCGACUCCUUCCUGUGUCCCAACGGCACCAUCUUCAACCAGCAGUACUUCGUGUGUGACUGGUGGUACAACUUCGACUGUUCCACCGCUGAACAAUUCUACGACCUCAACGCACAAAUUGGACAAACUAAUGGAAAUGGCAAUGGUUAUGGUACUGGAAAUGGUAGUGGCAACAAUGGUUACAAUGGUGGUAAUGGUGGUACCUUAGCGGUGCUUCAGGUCUUGCUGAUCGUUCUCAACCACAUCUUGGAGCAAGCGUCAAUGGUGGUUCUCCCCUUCCAGGUCUCUAAGGAUAAUCUUCAAACCAACAACGCCAACGGUGGUACUGGCAACCAAAAACAACCAAACUCCAUCUAG